CGUCGCAACCCAGCGAAAGUGCCGAGCGGGCCCAGGGCGGAGAGGCUAAGCUGGGUUUGUACGACAGUCAAAGACUUGACCGUGGCAUUCGGCUUCAUGACAGAGGCAUUCCUCCGAUCGAACCAAUCUCCAAGCAUCGGUGCUCGAGCGAUGGGGUUUCCGGGCGGCAGCCAAACCCAAGUCGUGGCCGAGACCUCCGAGACCGGCAGCGGCGACGGCGGCGGCGGCGGAGGUGACGGUGGUGACAGCGGCAGCAGCUCCACCACCAUCAGUUACGGCGACACCGCGUCACCAACAGCCACCGCAGGGCGAACGAUCCCACUUACCGUACCCUACCGACACGCCCGCAUAACGUGGUCGGAGCCGAACAGCAAGAACAACGGCAGCAGCAAACAUGGCAGCGGUUGCAGCAGCGGCGGCGGCGGCGGCAGCUGCGCUCGUCGCAGAGGCCAGCUCGACCCGCGCUUCCAGGUUCGGCGCAACCCCGCGCGCCCGAAGCGCGGCCGCGGGAUCUUCGCCGUGGAGGCGGUGCCCGCCGGGACCGAGGUACUGGUCGCGAGGCAAGCGGCCGCCUUGCCCCGGGACCGCUACCGGCCGGCCUUCUGCCGGCGCUGCCUGACCCUACUUGACAAGUCCCUGCUCAUCAAAUGCCGGCGUUGCGAGGACCGUUUCUGCGGGAAGGAGUGCGUGAUAGCGGCGGCCGGGGAAGGCACGCACGAGGUGACCUGCGGGAUGGUCGAGGGGCUAGGGGAGGAGCAGCUCUCGGAGCUGGGGCGGGGAGACAACGCCGCGGCGACGGAGACGGACAUCCUUAGGCUGACGGUAGAGUGCAUGUCCAGGAGAGGGGCCGGGCUUAGCGACGAGGAGGAGUGGAUCGAGAUCGACGAUUUGGUUCUUCCGGAAGACGAGGGUGAAGGAGAGGGCAGCGGCGGUGGUACGCUGGAGCCCGACGUGAUUCGAGAAGCCCAGGCCAGGCUGAACGACGGGGGGCUGGAGGUGUCCGCGGAGGAGAUUCAGACAGUGCAUCGCAGGCAAGAGCUUUGUGUGUGA